AUGUUGACUUUGCAAAUUGGUCAAUGUGGAAAUCAAAUAGGGGUAGAAUUUUGGCGCCAACUAUGUUUUGAACAUGGAAUUGGACCGGAUGGUAUAACUUCUCAGCACACAGACUACUUAAAGACAUUUUUCUAUCAAACAUGUAACGGGAAUCUAGUCCCUAGGACUAUUAUGUUAGAUUUAGAACCUAGAGUUAUAAAUGGGAUCAUGAGCUCGGAAUACAAGGAUCUUUUUAAUCCAGAAAAUAUUUAUAUUGAUAAAAAUGGAGGAGGUGCAGGAAAUAAUUGGGCCAAAGGCUAUUCUUCAGCCAAAGAUGUUAAGGAAGAGGUAUUAGAUAUGAUAGAUCACGAACUGGAUCUAUCUGACAGAUUCGAUGGAUUUUUGCUUACACAUUCAAUUGCAGGUGGAACUGGUAGUGGCAUGGGAAGUUACAUUUUGGAAAUACUUAAGGAGCACUUCCCAAAAAAGUUAAUCAACACAUUUUCAGUCUUCCCAUUAUUAGAUGAAAGCAGUGAUGUAGUGGUUCAGCCUUAUAAUUCUAUUCUCACUCUAGAACGUUUGGCUCUAGAUGCUGAUUCUGUUAUAGUCUUGGAUAAUACUGCUCUUACUAGAAUUGUGAAAGGGGAUAAAAGCGCAAUUGUGGAGAGCAAUAAACUGAUAGGAAACGUCAUGAGUACAAUAACUUCAACUUGUAGAUUCCCAGGGCCUUUGGAUAACGAUCUUCUAGGCCUAAUUAGUUCGUUAAUACCAAUACAAAAAUGCCAUUUUUUAGCAACUUCUUAUACACCAUUAGGCAGUUUCGAUAGAUCUUAUCCUGAAAAUAUGAUAAGAAAAUUGUUGAAUCCUGAAAAUAUUAUGGUAUUUAAAUUAAAAGAAGGAUAUUAUUUGGCAAUUUUAGAUAUAAUUAGAGGCGGUUACAACUUGAAAACAAUUGAAAGAAGUUUAGAUAAGAUCAAAGGAAGGAGAAAGAUUAAUUUUGUAAAGUGGAAUCCUGCAUCUAUACAAGUUGCUUUAUCUGAAAACUCACCAUUUGUAAAACAUCCUAAUGGACUUAUGGUAUGUAAUCAUACAAGUAUUAGAAAGAUUAUUGAUAUGUGUACUGGGCAAUUCGAUCAAUUAUAUAAGCGGAAGGCCUUUCUGGAUAAUUAUAGGAAGGAAAAGAUAUUUUCAAGUGUAGACGGCAAGGGUAACUUUGAAGAGAUGGAAGAAGCUAGGGAGAUAUGCCAAAUAGUUAGCGAUGAAUAUAAAAAAUGUGAGAGAGAAAACUAUUUUUCUAGUUAA